ACGUCGUCACACCUCGCUCAUCCUCCGCAUCGUCAAGACGUUCAUUGCUCACGUAACCACGCCACGGGCGCUCGUUUUUUCACAUCAAAAUCCACCAUAGUCCUUUUCGUAUUCUCGAUCGUUCCUCGAUCGAUCGUUUUACCGCGUUAACCUUACCUCGGGACGAGCAUUCGAAAUUCGAACGCCGGCUUCGAUUCGUGACACGACGAAUUAACACAGGGUGGAGAAAAGGGUUACCAGUUAGGAAUAUACAUAUAUCAUCGGUAUCGGUAGCGAUUAUCGGAAACGCAUCGAUGCUAUCGAUCAACAUGCGAAUCUUCAAAGCGGUGCUGCUACUCGUCGCGAUCUCUUCUAAUAGAGUCCAGUGUUUACCGAUUGCGAAUGAGACAUCGAUCGUGGAAUCGUCGACGCAGCUUCCCUACAAUUCUACAUACGAUCAUUACGAUCAACGACAAAACGGCACUGAGAAUUAUCGUAUCCACGUGGACGGCGUGAUAUUCGUCGUAGCUCCUGUCGAGACGCUUCUUCUAGCCGGUGCAGCCGCCGACGAUAAACCUAACUUACCGAUAAUUGAUCCGUCGAAGCCGACCUCGAUUAAACCGGAUGUUGAACCUAAACCGUCGCCUGCCCCCAAGUCAGCACACAGGGCUGGUCUGCGCUUUGCAAAUAUGCUGAUACCGCUGCUGCGUCGUAUUCGUCACGAGUAAAGGACCUUAAUUUUUUUUAUUAAAAAAAAUAAUCGCAUAAUACCCCUUUUCUCCUUCUCACCCACUUAACACCAUUGCUCUUAACUAUCUACUUCAUUAAAAUGAACUGGUCG